UGCAUCUAUAUUUUUUUUUUAAUAACAUGACUAGCAAUAAUAUUACCACGGCUAUGAAUGAUAUGGCACCAGAGGUUAUCUAUAAUGUGUUUUCCUUCUUAUCUUAUCCUGAAGUUUACCGUAUUCGUGGUGUCUGUCGGAAGUUUCAAGUGAUGGGCGAGUAUCACAUUUAUCAACAAAUCAAAACAUUGGGACAGUCCAUCUCCAUUAAACUGGACGGUAAAAAAAAGAGUAACUGCACUAUGGAAUUGGAGGCUUACCAAUACGAUGCCAAGAAUCGUGUGAUCGAAUUCAGGCCUAAAUCCAACUCGCUCUUGUCUCUGGGAAGUUCAGCAAGUGAAUGGAGUGCUUAUUACCGAUUAUUGAAAAUACAUUUCUCUGGGUGGUUUUCAAAUAACAACAGCAGUCUCCAAAUUCCAUCUGCUGUUGAAAAAUUGAGUCCCCAAGAUCAAGCCAUGUUCUUAUAUCACCAUCAGUAUAAUUCUUCCAUCGAAAAGACCUAUGAAUUACCUUCGUGGCAUGCAAACCAUCACCAGACGGCCGAUCGUUUCCUGGGUGAUAAAGGCCUGAUUUUGAAUUUGUCAUACAGACAAUCGGCAUUCGCCGAGGAUAUUGAUUAUACUAAUCAACAACAAAUGAUCGGCUUGCCAACAUCCUAUUAUAGUUAUAGAUCCAUUGCUUCUUCUACGCCGAUGCCCUCUGCGCCUGUAAUGGAAAUUAAAUGGAUUCGUGUCACAUUGGAUUGGGUACUACUUGGCAUGGUGAAAUCAAAUAGUCCACAAGGUCAAAUCUAUGAAGAGAGUUUUAGUACAUUGAAUGGCUUACUGGCAAAAGAAGGAUGCUUCAAGUAUGACCCAUUGUCUGAACCUGUCUUGAAUCACAUCAUUCACCAGCAAGAAGUACAAGAAAAGCAAGUGUUGUCAGAGGGUCUUGUUCGCUAUGUUCAAUCCCAUACACAUGAAUGCCAUACACGACUGUCUCGUCUGCAACAUAUGCUGGAGGGUGCUGGAGUGGAUGCCCAGGUGCUUUGGAAAUACACCUUUGCUAAAUCUUUUGUUGUGGGUAAUGGUAGCUUAUUAGGAGAAGAAGACGUUGUACGCCGUAUACAAGAUUCUGAAGAAGAAUGGCGUCAAAAGAAACUCAGUUUAUCCCGUCGAUUAUCUCUUUACAAUAGCAAUACGAGUUCCAGCCUCUAAACUCAUCUCAUAACGCAUAUUCCAUCAUUUUCAUUAUUAUUAUUUUUUCAAGUGCAUUCACUUUUUAUUUUAUUUUCUCCCCCCCCCCCCUUUUUCAAACAAACAAAUACUUAUUACUCACACUAAUUCACAAUUACCCCUGCCUCUUAUUGAAAUAAACUUAGACCUAUUUUUUUUUUUUUGAAUCCCCUAA